AUGACUGGACGUGCUGACGGAGGCUGCGGAGGAUUCUCUGAGAUCAAGGUUCAAACUAUCAACCUGCAACAGGUGCAAAACCAGACCCGCCACAAGACCGACGGUCUGAGUUCCAGCACUCUGGUUCUGCGGAGAGGACAGGCCUUUACAGUGACAAUCAACUAUGAUGGACGACCAUUUGAUCCACUGAAGGAAAAACUGAUCUUCCGAAUUGUUUUAGGUCCGGUGUAUGUGGAGGUUCCGGUCUCUGUGUCCGGACAGCCCUCUCUGACUCAGUGGACCGCGGUUCUGGAGAGGUGCGUACUGAACCCAACUGGACCCCGUGCAUUUUCAGUAUCACUGUCCAGCCCUGCGUCUGCUUCUAUUGGCGCAUACACGCUUCAGAUGAGAAUCAAGACCCGCCUGAGUGUGAAAACACACUUUCUCUGCCAGUUCACGCUCCUCUGCAACCCCUGGUGCCCAGCUGAUUCAGUGUUCCUGCAGUCGGAGGAUCUGAGGACUGAAUAUGUCAGGAGUGAUAUCGGCCUGCUGUUUAAAGGCAGCCCACGUAACAUCGUCCCCAAUCCCUGGUCGUUUGAUCAGUAUGAAAAAGGGAUACUGGACAUCUGCAUGCAAUUGCUGCAGCUGAGUCCUCAACAUCAAGCGGAUAUAGGUAAAGAUCUGCAGAACCGCAACAAUCCGGUUUACAUCAGCCGCGUGAUCUCAGCGAUGGUGAACUCUAAUGAUGAUAAAGGAGUGUUAAUGGGAAACUGGUCAAAUGACUACAGCGGUGGUGUCAGCCCUUCACAGUGGUCCGGCAGCGCAGAUAUUCUCAGGAAGUGGGCAGAAACACAAUUCAAUCCUGUGAAAUACGGACAGUGCUGGGUGUUUGCUGCUGUCAUGUGUACAGUAAUGAGAGCCCUUGGCAUUCCGACUCGAGUCGUCACCAACUUCAACUCCGCUCACGACACAGAUGGAAAUAUGGUGAUCGAGGAAUAUUACGAUGAGAUGGGGAAAAAGCUGUCCUUCAGCAGGGAUAGCAUCUGGAACUUCCACGUGUGGGUGGAGAGUUGGAUGAAGAGGCCUGAUCUGGGUCGAGGUUAUGACGGAUGGCAGGUUCUCGACCCCACGCCACAAGAGAAGAGCACAGGAAUGUUCCGCUGUGGCCCUGCUGCUGUUAAAGCCAUUUAUGAGCGGAAGGUGGAUGCACAGUACGAUGUGCCGUUCGUUUACGCAGAAGUGAACGCGGAUGUGCGUACAAUGAUCGUCAGAAAUGGGAUGGUAUUAUCAACCAGCAUCGAUAAACGCAGAGUUGGAACCCUGAUCUCCACCAAACACCCAGGAUCCAUGCGUAUGCAGGACAUCACGUCUGAAUACAAAACUGAGGAGGUUCAGCUUCUGAAACCCCCUGUAGUCGGAGAAAACAUUUCUUUCAUCGUCAUAAUCACUAACAAUGAGGCCGCUCCGAAACUUCUGAGAAAACAUGUGAACGCUCAGAACAAGGAGUACAACCGCAAUCCCACUGGAACCUUCUGGGAGGCUCAUGACGACGUGAAGAUGGGCCCGAAUGAAACUGUGACUAUACAACAUGAGAUCUCCUUCAACGACUACAUGCUGACGGAGGCUGCGGAGGAUUCUCUGGUUAACCUGGCUGUGGUUAUUGAGGAUGUGAAGUCUCAGGAGAGAGUGCUGGCUUCAGAGGAGUUCAACAUCCGCAGCCCUUCCCUCAAUAUACAGAUUCAAAAUGAGUUCUCGGUCAUCAUUAACACGCCACAAGUGGCCACGGUGAUCUUCACGAACCCGUUCAGUGUUGCAGUGAGCGGAGAACUGACCGUAUCCGGUUCAGGACUCUUGGAGGAGAAAGCUCAAAUGAGGCUUACGAUUCAGCCUCGAGAAACUAUGAAAAAGCCCGUCAAUUUCACUCCGAGGAUGGUGGGUGCCAAGAUGCUUUCUGCUAGCUUAGUGUUGGAGAAUCCUCCCACCGUCCUGCACGGAUUCAAGACCAUCAAUGUUCAAGCAUCUUAGAGUCACACACCUUUAGAAAUGAUUGUGAAC